UUAAUCGUAGAAUGGAUAGCCUUAUGUUUUUUAGAAUAAUUGUGCUAAGUUCAGUAGGUCGUUCUUCUGGAUUUGAGGAUUUGUCAAUGGGUAAAACCGCCAGUCAGAGCUCAACUCCUCCAUGUCUGAAUGAAGCGUGUAGAACAUUUUACAUAUCAGCGAAUGCAGUUGACCGAGACAAAUCUACGUGUACAAGAAACACUGAAAUAGGAAGACUUUCAAAUACAAAGACGGUGUGGUGGAGAGUAGAUCUCGGUGCAGUUUACAGUAUUUACAGCAUCAAUGUCCUGUUCAAGAAUUAUAACGGUUAUGAAUUACGACAAAGAGGCCGUUUUGCGGGAUUUUUUCUUUAUUUAUCAAAUUCUAGUGUAAGAUAUAGAGAUGUCAUGUGUUACAAAGAUGAUCAAGAAUUGCCUCCAUUAAACUUUACGACGACAUGUGUCGGACACGGACGAUAUGUUACUUUUUACAAUCAACGAUUGGAUGAAAAUCAAUAUCCAGAUGGAUACCAACGUACGACAGUCACUGAAUUGUGCGAAGUAAUAGUGUACGGUUGUAGUAAAGCAGGUGUCUAUGGAAGACAUUGCAAACAAAAAUGUCCCGCGAACUGUCAAGAGCAGAGGUGUGACAUCAUCAACGGAACCUGUCUGGGAUGUUUACCAGGGUGGACUGGAACUUUGUGCGAAAUAAAGUGCUCCGGGGGAUGGUAUGGUCUUGAAUGUAAAGUGCAAUGUUUUGGACACUGCAGACUCAAUGCUUAUUGCAAUCACGUGACUGGUCAAUGUGACAAUGAAUGUGAUGAAGGAUGGAAAGGAAUUUAUUGUGAAGAACGGUGUGAAGAAGGAUAUUAUGGUGUGGACUGUAAAUACAACUGCAGCGGUCACUGUAGGAAUAACGAUUCCUGUAACAAAGAAACUGGACACUGUGAUAAAGGCUGUGAGGCGGGAUACACUAACAACUUCUGUAACAGCGUUUGCCCUGUCGGCCAUUUUGGAAGUCGAUGUAUGGAACGCUGUAGUGGACACUGUUUGAAUGACAGUUCUUGUGACCACAUAGACGGAGUCUGCGCUAACGGAUGUGACAAUGGAUAUAUAGAAGACAGAUGCAAUAAAAUGUGUGAUAACGGAUAUUAUGGCAGAAAUUGUUCUCAGAUGUGCUCUCCUAAAUGCAUGGACACAUGUUUGCAUACAGACGGAUCUUGCAUUUGUGUGACUGGUUGGAUGGGUAUCAAUUGUAGCCAAGAAUGUUCCUCUGGAUUCUACGGAAUAAAUUGUGAAGAGGAGUGUAGUUCACACUGUGGAUUUAAUGACUCGUGCGAUAGAUACAGCGGAUCUUGUCCAAGAGGAUGCCAAGAAACUUACACAGGACCAAAGUGUUCACAACUGACCGGAAACUGUUCACAAUUGAAUGGUACUGGACUACAUGGAAAUUCCCCCAAAGAUUCCAUUCUUCCCAUUCCUUUGUACUGGUUUUUAGGACUUACUAUGUCAGUGCUACUGAAUUUGUGCUUAAUAGUAAUAGUCAGUUUGACACACAAGAGGAGCGGAUGCUUAAAGAUAAAGUAUCGGGAUGGUGCUUCAAAGGAAGCCUCAGAUAGCAGGCAGAUAAAUAACGAGGAUGGAACUUCAUCAUCUGCUGUACAUAGUUAUCAGGAAUUAAAAAAUUACAAAGAUGAAACCCUUUAUCAAAAUGUUACGCUUAAUUGAAUUAUGGUACAAUGGUAUGUGACAGACAAAAUAAAUUCAUCUGAAUCCACUAUUUAUAUACUGAAACAACAAAUACGUCAAAAUUCUAUUUUA